AUGCCGUGGGGCCUUGAAGGGCGUGUGGGUGUUGUGACUGGCGCCUCCUCUGCGAUUGGGAGGCAAGUAGCUGCGCGCUUGGUUAAGGAGCACCGUAUGCGGUUAACCUGCGUGUCGAGAAAGGAUGUUACUGCCCUUGUUCCUCCAGAGUGCCUUUGCCUGAAGGCAGAUCUUGCUCAGUCAGCCGACACCGAUGCCGUGAUGAAGUCUGUUCGCGAGACACUUGGCCCCGUGUCGCUGCUCGUCAACUGCGCGGGUGUGACGCUGAACAAGAUGCACGUGCGCUGUACCGGUGACGACUACGAUGCAGUCAUGAAUGUUAACCUCCGUGGUGCACUUAACCUUACGAGUGCCGCGCUACGCCACGGUGGAAUGCUUCAGGGCAGAGACGGCUGCGUUGUCCACGUUGGCUCUAUCGUGGCCACCCUGGGCAACGAGGGUCAGGUGAUCUACGCGGCAUCCAAGGCCGCGUUGAGUGGGGCGGUGAAGUCUUGGACGCGGGAGUACGGCAUGAGGAACUUGCGGUUUAACGUGAUUGCCCCCGGUCUGAUUGAAGGUGAGGGGAUGGGAGCGACGCUGACGGAGGAGCAGCGCGAGUGGUGGCGGAGGCGUUGCCCCAUGAACCGUCUGGCCACUGUUGAGGAUGUAGCUGACGCCAUCAUUGGCGUCAGCUUGUGCCGCUUUAUCAACGGUCAGACGAUUCAUGUAGAUGGGGGGUUGUGCUGA